UUUUUGAGGAAGAAUGACCAGGCUCAUCCGCGUGCUGUGUCUUCAUGGCUGGCGCACCAGCGGUAGCAUCCUGCAGCGCCAGACGUCGGCACUACGUCAGGCCUUUGGGCCCAAGGCUGAGCUCGUGUGCGUCGACGCGCCGUGGGCUGCGUCGGGCCCCGCACCUGAGCUGGUGCGCUCCUUCUACGGCCAAAGCGGCCCGUUCUACCAGUGGUGGGACGCCCUCAAGCGCGAGGGCGGAGAGGCCUACCGCUACGAGGGCUUCGAGCACUCGCUAGACUACCUCGUGGGGCAAGUCCAGGCUCUGGGCGCCGUGGACGCCGUGCUGGGCUUCUCCCAGGGGGCGGCUGCAGCUACCUUGUUAACGGCGCACUACCAGUCCUCGUACGGCCACGUGCCCUGGAAGGUCUGCGUGCUGGUAGGGGGAUUCUACCCGCGCAAUCCCGAGACGCAGGAGCUCCUGGACGCAGCCAAGACGUCCGCGGACGGAGCCAUCGACGUUCCAUCCGUGCACGUCAUCGGGCGGGCGGACCCGCUGGCCCCCAAGUCGGAGAAGCUCCUGCGCAGCUUCACGGCCACCAGAAGAGUCCGCUUCGAGCACGAGGAAGGCCACAAGUUCCCGUCUCCUCUCAAGUACGCGCAGAUGUACCACGACAUCGCCCAGGAGGUGCUGGCCAUGACCGGCCAGGUCUGGAGGUGA